GAGAGAGAGAGAGAGAGAGAGAGAGAGAGAGAGAGAGAUGGAAGUCCCUAGAGAAUUGCACAUGAAUGGAGGAGUGGGAGAAACAAGUUAUGCUAACAACUCAUCGCUUCAGAGAAAGGUGAUAUCGAUGACGAAGCCCAUAAUGGAGGCAGCCAUUACAGCUCUCUACUCCACUGCCGGCUCCACCUUCCCGGCGAGCCUUGCCAUCGCGGACUUGGGCUGUUCCUGCGGCCCCAACACUCUCUUCGCUGUGUCUGAGAUCAUCAGCAUCAUCAUUGAUAUCUGCAAUGCAAAGAAGCAUGAACUGCCAGAGUUCCAAGUGUUCUUGAACGAUCUCCCGGAAAACGACUUCAACACACUCUUCAGCAACUUCUUGCCGAGAUUCCAAGAGAAGCUGAGUGAGCAAAUGUUGAAGUACAGAGCGUUGGCGAAGUUGGCAUGCUUCUUCAAUGGGGUCCCUGGUUCGUUCUACAGGAGAUUGUUCCCUCAGGAGAGCCUGCACUUCAUUCAUUCUUCAUCUUGCCUCAUGUGGCUUUCUCAGGUGCCACGAGGCUUAGAGGGAAACAAAGGCAACGUGUACAUUGCGAGGUCAAGCCCUCCGAGUGUGAUUAGGGCAUUCUUCGAGCAAUUCCAGAGGGACUUCUCCAUGUUCUUGGAGUAUCGUGGGCGAGAGUUGGUGGUGGGAGGACGUAUGGUUUUGAGUCUCGUGGGUCGAAGAAGCAACGAUCCUUCAAGCGAAGAGUGUUGCCACCAUUGGAAUCUCUUAGCUACUGUUCUCAAUGUGAUGGUCUCCGAGGGACUUAUAGAAGAAGAGAAACUGGACUCCUUCAACGUCCCUUAUUACACGCCCUCACCAAAGGAAGUAAGAUGCGAGGUCCAAAAGCAAGGAUCGUUCUUGAUCGAUUGCUUGGAGGUGUCCGAAGUUAAUUGGGAUGUGUUCGACACCGGUUUCGUCCCUAACGAUGUCUCCAAGGAUAGGGCAUAUGGUAUGGCCAUUUCCAUGAGAGCUGUUGCCGAGCCCUUGCUCGUUGAACACUUUGGUGAAGCUCUCAUCGAUGAGGUCUUCAACAGAUAUAGGGCUCAAGCCUCCGAUCACAUAUCUAAGCAUAAGACUUUAGCCAUCAAUGUCGUCAUUUCGCUAAAAAAGAUCACCUAGAUAAACUGCAAAAAAAUAUCACGAUUAAGAACGUUACAGAUAUAUGUACGUUUAUUGUGUAGUUGAAAGAUGAACAUCACAAGUGUGUCCACUAUAUUUUGAAGAAGGUGUGAGUGUUGUACGUGUAUUGCUUCUUAUGUCUAGGAUUAAGAAAAUGUGAGAGACUUA